CCCCCCCGCCAAUGCCCGUGUGAGCGCCGGCACCUCGCGGGGGCCAUGGAGGGCUCCACCGGGUUUGGAAUCGACUCCAUCCUCUCCCACCGAGCCAGCAGCCCGGCCGUGCCCAAGGGGGACCCGCUGGGGGGUGACGGCCGGUCCCCGCUGGAGCUGAGCCCCCGCUCGGAGGGCAGCAGCGGGUGCCCCUCGCCCCGCUCGCCGGGCCGCGAGUGCCUGGAGGCAGCCGUACCGAGGCCGGGCCUGGAUGCCCAUCUCCAGCCGGGGCAGGUCUCUGCUCCUUCCCAGUCCCGGACCGUCACCUCCUCCUUCCUCAUCAGAGACAUCCUGGCCGACUGCAAACCCCUGGCUGCCUGCGCUCCUUACUCCAGCACCAAUGGACCUCACGGCGGGCAAGAGCCGGCGGGCAGGAUCCCCACCAAACCCGGCGAGGACUUCAGGGAGAAAAUGGAAAAAAACACCAGCGGCUCCUCCUCGGAUUCGGAGUAUAAAGUGAAAGAAGAAGGGGACCGAGAGAUCUCCAGCUCCCGGGACAGCCCCCCGGUGCGGCUGAAAAAGCCGCGCAAAGCCCGCACCGCCUUCACCGACCAUCAGCUGGCCCAGCUGGAGCGCAGCUUCGAGAGGCAAAAAUACCUGAGCGUGCAGGACAGGAUGGAGCUGGCGGCCUCCCUCAACCUCACCGACACGCAGGUGAAAACGUGGUACCAGAACAGAAGGACCAAGUGGAAAAGGCAGACGGCGGUGGGCCUGGAGCUGCUGGCCGAGGCUGGCAACUACUCAGCCCUUCAGAGGAUGUUCCCCUCGCCCUACUUCUACCCGCAGAGUUUGGUCUCCAACCUGGACCCCGGCGCCGCUCUCUACCUGUACCGCGGCCCCAGCGCCCCCCCGCCCGCCCUACAGAGACCCUUGGUGCCCCGCAUCCUCAUCCACGGACUGCAGGGCGGCAGCGAACCCCCGCCGCCCCUGCCCCCGCUGCCCGGGGUCCUGCCCCGGGCCGCACAGCCCCGGUGAACCCCGACCACACGGGCAGCCCCCCCACCGGCACCACCCCCCGCCCCGGGCUACGGGGUCGGAAGGAGGGGGGGGCACCCCAACUCUGGGGCCGCGAGCAAGCGACAGACUCCCGCUCAUCCCCAAAUAUAUAUACAUAUAUAUAUAUAUAACAUGAGACCUCCCCCCUUCCUUUUUAAAAAUAUAUCUAAAGAAUGCAAGACGCGAGGGCAGGUUCGGCAGGACGGAGCCGGCAGAGCUGCCCCCCCAAGCCCCCCAACCCCGCGGGGCACUCGCCGCUUCACCCCCUUGUGCCCCCGGAGGGCAGCGGGGCCGCCGCGGACCCCCCAGGCCUGGGACGGCGUCGGGAGCACAGGCAGAGAGGGUGACUGCUCCUGGGGGGGGACACUUCGCCUCUCCACCCCCUGCCCAGGAACUGCCGGGGGGACAGAAGCCACCCCUGCCACGGACGGCUCCGGGGAGCCCCCUCCCCACCUUCUCCAGCUCCCGGACCCCGGAGCACCGGCCCCGCCGCCGGGAAGGACCGCUCGGGUGUGCGUGUGUGUGGGGGGGGUCCCGGGCCGGUGACCCCCGCCCAGCGCAGAGAGACGUUGGGACAUCCGUAAAAAACAAAACAAAAACAAAAA